AGCAUUUGGUAAUUAUUACGGAACUUAAUAUAGCCUACAGCAUGGUAAAAUGUGCAAUUCGAAUUGAUGUAUGUAAUUAAUUAAAAAAAUACAUAAUUUAUGCAAUCCAAAAAGAUCUUAGGAAAUGAAAAUUAUGAAGUAAAUCUUUGUGAUUAAUAAUUGUCUAGUUUGAAAGUAUCUUACACUAUCAAGAUUUAUUUAAAAUCAGAAACUAUUAUUCUGUUAUGAUUAAAAAAUCCUUAAACUAAACAUUGGUAAAUACAAAUUAUUACACAAACAUCAUGUUUACACUAGCUAAAUUUGCGUAUCUUUCAUGUAAUGAAAAUGAAAAACACUGGUAUAACACUGUCCCCAAUAAUGUUAUCAAAAUCAAUAUUAAGAUUUGCUGUGAUGAACUUAUUCAAAUUACAAAAGGGAAAAAAAUAAAAAAUAAAUCAAAUACUGAAUUAUGUACCACUGCCUCAAAAUAUGGACAUUUGGACUGUUUGAAGUUUGCUCGUCUAAUGAAAUUAUCUUGGGACAGUAGGACAUGUUCUGCUGCUGCCAGAAAUGGCCAACUAGAAUGUUUAAUAUACUCUCAUGAAAAUGGUUGCCCCUGGAACAAACAUACAUGUUCUAAUGCUGCACAUAAUGGACAUAUAAAUUGUUUAAGAUACGCACAUGAAAACAACUGUCCAUGGAACUUAAGUACAACUGACUAUGCUGCGAAAGGUGGACAUUUAGAAUGUUUAAAAUAUGCUCACAUACAUGGAUGUCCAUGGGAUGAAAGAGCAUGUAUGCUGGCAGCGUCUAAUGGACAUUUUGAAUGCUUAAAAUAUUGUUUUGAAAAUGGAUGUUUGUGGAACCAAGACACAUGUACAUGGUCAGCAUAUAAUGGACAUUUAAACUGUUUGCAAUAUGCACACAAAAAUGGUUGUGUAUGGAGCCCUAAUACAUGCUCUAAAGCUGCAGCCGGUGGACAAUUAGAAUGUUUGAAAUAUGCUUAUACAAAUGGUUGCGCAUGGGAUAUAAGUACAAGCUACAAAGCUGCAGAGAGAGGACAUUUGGACUGUUUGAAGUAUGCUCACACUAAUGGAUGUCCGUGGAAUGAACAUAUAACCUAUAUUGCUGCAGCCAAAGGAAACCUAAGCUGCUUAAAAUAUGCUCAUGAAAAGGGGUGCCCGUGGAAUGAGUCAACAUGUGCCGCAUCUGUCAAAAAUAAAAAUUUGGACUGUUUAAAAUAUGCUCGUCGAAACGGUUGUCCGUGGGAUAAAAAGACACACACACUUAUUCUCGUUGAUAAACUCUUAAAAAAAAAAACAAAAAAAUUGCUUAUAGAUCUAGAAAUUUGAGUUACAUGAAAUUAGUUAUUAGAGAGUUUUCAUGUUAUUGAGGACAUGGUCAAUAAAAUUAUGAGUUUAAUUCUACAUUACGACUGCUUAUUUUUAAUUAUCUUUAAAGCCAAGAGCAAAUUUGCAACGUUUCUCCAAAUAUUCAAACUAAGAUUUUYAUAUGUAUAUAUACAUAUAGGUUGCAAAAAUAAACUUAAUAUUUAUAUUUAUCA